CUCAGGACGAAAUCUGAUUGGACGAUAUCACGCUUGGGUUGCCUAGCGUGUCUGUUUUGAUUGGACCGAGGGCUGUCAAUCAGCACACUGGCUCAUGUGUGUCGGUGAAGCUCACGGAAUUGGCAGGAGUUCACCAAAGUUCACGAGAGCGUAGUUGUCACGCGAUACGGACGGAAGCGUUGCCGUUUAUUGCCAUCACGUUAAUCUAGUGUCCGUUAGUCAAGAAGAAGUGGGUUGCCCUUAAAGUCAUUUUAGCCGCCGCUGUUGAUCUAGUUUAGGCGUUUCUGUCAGAUAAGAGUAUGUUCACUUGAAACAUUGUCACGCGAGCCUCAGUUACUCCCUUGCCGCCAAAAGCUCGCGCUCUAGUAACGUUACCUCAGCACUUAUUAUCGUUAUAUAACCUCAAACUGAGAAUGAGUGGAAGUGGGACACAGUCUCUGCUUUUUCUCAAUCUUCCGGACCUGAGGAACUUAUGUUGUGUAAAUCUGUUCUUCUCGAACAGUUACGAUGAAACAGACUUGAGAAACAAACAAGUGAAAACCUGCAGGGAGCUUGUCCUCUUGCAUUCAGACAUUGUUGCUUCUCCUGUGUUGGGCCAUUUUGGGGGCAUUACUGUUAUUAUGACUAUUGCAUUUUACAAGAGCGGUAUCAUCCAGGCUUUUGCACAGAAACAUGGUCUACAGCUCAACCCUUCUCAAAGGGUAUUUCCUGCCAUUCUGCAGACGUGUUUGUCUUAUUCUGUGACUGCUAGACUGGCCCCUAAAUGGAACAAAGCAGGACAAUAUCUAAUAGCAGGAAAAGAUUUCCUCAGUGAUUCUGGAAAACACAAUGCGGUUGUGCUUGAGCUGAGUCUCACUGAGACUCAACUGUGUGUCAAUGUGGAGGCCAACACAGUCAGACUUCCUCCAGCUGUGAUAAAGGAUUUUGAUAUUCCUGCUCCUGUGGUGAAAAACUUCCUCCACAGUAAUGAUGCUGUGCUGGAUAUAGUCAUGACGAAUAACUGGUGCCACGUUCUGCCAAGUAUGAAGAAAGGCCAGAUCAUUAGCAUCAGUCGCAGGAUUCCACAGCAAAGCCCAUUCCAGUCUUACAUGGAGUUUCAGACGCAUUGGGGCAACAUGUAUGGAUAUCAGCUGCCCUCAGUAAGUGAAGAGGAAGUCGUCUACUGCAGUGUGUACUUUAAACCAAUAGGUGACAAGCUGUUCACAUAUCCAUUGUGCUGCAUCCGCACUCAGCCGGUGCAGUGUUUUCCCAGAGUGGACCUGCAGGGGGUGCUGGGAAACUUCAUAUCAGAUCUGCAGGCCGCACUGGAGAGUGUGUGUGGUUUAUCAGUGCAGAUGACCUGCAAGCCUUGCUACUACAGCUAUGAACUGACCAGACCAGACCCUCAGCGCUUUGGGUCGCUGCCUGCAAACGUGACAACAGAGAACAGCAGCAGAGCUGUACUGAACCAGCUUCCCAGCAGCUGGCCACGGGACGCAGCUCAACAACGCUCCAGUCACUGUGACUCAACUGGAAAACAGACUCAAAUGGAAAAGAAAUCCAGUUUGGAUUCGUCUGUUGGCCAGAAAGACUGGACGUCCUCCAACUUGGCAACUCAGCGCUCUUCCUCUCACACUAAUGUUCACUUUACUCACAUCCAGUCACAGUCUGCACUUCCAAGACCGAAGCUUGUGCCAGUCUUCAGAAACAGAUCCCACAGCCGCCAUGUGAACGUGACAGAGAUGUGUGCAGUGAAACAGCAGCAGGGGCCGGACGGACCGAAGCUGACCGCAGUUAUAAGGCCUCUGUCAUCUACUUGUCUGUCAUCAUCUUCUAAACCCCACUGCUCCACACCACCAGCUUCUUCUAACCAGUUCUCCAGGCCUCCAGCAUCGGAGCGGAUGACUUUACCUUUUUCUAAAAGUAAAGUAAAGACCAACAAUGCGAUCAUCCCUACUCUGUCUUUAGUACAGAUGCAGCCCCACAUCAUGCCUGAGAUCCCCAGCAACAGAGGAGGAGACACGUUUGAGUCAAAACCAAAGAGGCUCAAACAGAGCGGGCAGGACGUGGAAGUAUAUGCAACGAGCAAUCAGCUCUCUAAGAUCAGCUCGGCGACUCUGCAGGCAUGGUUGAAGAGUCGAGGGAUCAGUGUGCGCUCAAAGGAUAAGAAAGAGGAGCUGGUGUCAAAGGUCAUGAAAUGUUUGAGUGAAACUUAGGUUACCAGCUUAAAACACACAUUAUAGAGACUUUGCAUACUGAGUUUUUGUUUGUUCCAUUGAUAAACUCUGUUGACAGUUCAAUAGUUACACUGUAUUCGUUGCACAUGACAUUUGAUUUCAGCCUCUU